CGUUCUGCCAUGGAUGGUCCAAGGCAAAAUUCUGAAUAUUGCUUCUGUUUGUCUGAAUGUUCUUUCAAGAGAUGCUGCUGCUGUCUUCUUAUCUUCCUUGUGUUUAUAGUUGUGGCAGUUGGGGUGGCUAUCUUGAUUGUGAUCUUUCUUUUGAAGCCUGAAAAGCCAUUUUUCUCCUUCCAAACAGUAAAAUUGGAUUGGUAUGAGCUUGAUGCUUAUUCUGGUUCAGUCCUAUUUGUCUCAUCUGUUAUGACACUGACGCUGAAUGCACAAAAUCCUAACAAGGUUGGCCUAAGGUAUAGUCCUUCACGGCUUAAUGUAUAUUAUGAAGGGGUGCCAAUAGGAGUUAUUCGAGUUCCAGGGUUCUUUCAGCCUGCUCACAGCAACAAUGUCAGCGUGCGAACGCGGGUUUUGUUUCAUUCUGUGAAUGUCACCCAACUUGUUGCAGGGGCUUCGUUGCAAGAUGGGUCAAGGAAAGACAUUAUUCAGAUGAAUAUUUUAGGUGAUGUUAGAGUUCAGCUGUUGGUAUUUGAUAUGAAUUUUUUAAAAAUCAAGGUUGCCCUAGAUUGUGACAUUAAUAUUGACUACAAAGAGCUUGCCCUUGAAAGUGAAGUUUAUAUCACAAGGGUUGUUCAAAAACACUUCGCUUCUUUCCCACCCAACUCCAAAUUUAUCUUCAUGAAGUGCGCUUUGGCUUUCUACGCAUAAAGAUCCCUAAAUCAGUUGAGGGGUCACUUUUGAUGCAGAAUGUAAUCAUGGUUCCUAAAGUUUUCAAUUGUCAAAUCCAACUAUGGAUACAACUUUCCUCUUCUUAUACUUUCCAGUGCGUGAUCUAUUUUUCGACUGUAAUUA